AUGGCGGCAGGGAAACACUGCCAGAAAGCUGUGUCGCCUGGUGCUGGGACAGCCUUCCAGUCCCUGGGACCUCGCCUCUCCAUUGCAGAUGCCACACAUCCACCACCAGCCUUAAUUCUUGGGAAACCUUCAAGAGAAAGGAUUUCUCUUUUUCACCUGAGGUUAAAUAUUUGCGAAAUUCCAGAUUCCCCAGGAGGAAGGCAACACCCUCCCCAACAUCGAACAGGCUCUUGGGCCCAGUUUGAAUUGACUCAACCGCACUCAGUGUCGGGGUCUGUGGGGCAGACGCUCACCAUCUCCUGCACGCGCAACAUCGGUGACAUCGAGAGAUACUAUGUGCACUGGUACCAGCAGCGCCAGGGCAGUGCCCCCAGCACUGUCAUCUAUAAGGAUGACAAAAGACCCUCAGGGGUGUCCAAUCGGUUCUCUGGCUCCAUUGACAGCUCCUCAAAUGCUGCCUCCUUGACUAUCUCUGGCCUGCAGCCUGAGGACGAGGCCGACUACUACUGUCAGUCUAGUGAUGAGAACUAUAAGCUCACAGUGCUCCAGACACAUGGGGAAGUGAGACCAAAACUCCCCAGCGCCUCCCGUCCUGGGUGUGCCCUCCACUUGAUGCUUGGGGAGGGGAGGAACGGGGAGGGGGGCGGUUCUCUUCUGUGCCUCCGGUUCCAACAUUGGUUUGAGGUUUUAUGUUGUGAGUCCCUCUACCAUCUUUCCAACACCUCUACCCCCCACCUACAUCUUCAAGGAUGA